UCUCCACCUCCUCUGACACUUAGGAGUCACGUGUCAACAGGCCCAGCUCUAGGAGGGGCAUUCUCACAUCCUCUGACUCCUUUCCAGCCCCCACACCAAGGAAGAUGCCAGGAUGACAAGGACAGUGACACAUGGCCUGGCAGUACUGCCCUGUAAAGACUCUACACAGCCUCAACCUGGUAAUCCUAAGCGCCAGUUGCAGGGAACUGGUCAGCAAGACACGUCUCACCUUAUGCGAUGGUGGCACGAAGGGCCCUGGGGAGUGAUGGUUAAAUGUCUAACGGCCAGCUGGAACAGGGGCACCUCAGCAGCCCAUGCAGCCUGCACACAGCUGGACACUCCUGUGGCAGCAGCGGCCACCACCAGCUGCAGAGCCAUCUCAGCCACUCGGGCAACCACACAGGUCUCUGCAAAACCCAUCCUUUUAGCCAAUGCUUGUCAAUCACAGAGUUUCAGGGAAAGGCACAAGCCUGCCUGAAUCCAAGUCCACAGGAAAAGAUCCCUCCACCUCUUGAACCACCCCUCAGCGAGGAAGAAUUUCAUGCUCUCCCUGAUGUGAUGCAGAACGUCACCAGGGUGUCAGCUUUGGGAGAAGCAAGGCAUUCUUCUAAUCACCGUCAUCCAGGCCUCUUUCCUGGAUGCAGAUUCAGUGUGAUACCGAAAAGGACGAACAAUCGACGUGCUGUGUUUGGCAGCAAGACCAAUGCGAGAAGAAGCACCAACCACUUAGAAACCCAACGGGAGCAUUUCGACUCAGUCUUGUGGGCAGCGCCUGACUUCUGCUCUCACUUAAUGGCCUAAAUGAUUGUUUCAGAGCUCCCCACUGCUCCUGGAAGACGUCAUGGACACCAGGCCAUGAAUGCCUUCACUGCAUCCUGAAGAAUCAAAGCAUUUUUAUAGCAAACAUCACCUCCUCCCUGCAAUCCUCACCGUUUGGGCAAUCUGGAAUACACAGGAACUGGAACCAAACCAAACCAGGGCAAGGAGACUAGGUCUAAGGGGGACACAUCCACACUUCUGUCCUUCUGGCAAGUUCAGAAGUCACACCUGAAGGCAGGUGGAUGUCUAGAAGAUGGGGGGAAUGUUGUAUUUCCUUGUUCUGUGAGUUGAUAACAAGGAGAUUUUAAUCUCAGCUCUGAAAGUUGAAAGGGGAACUUGAAGUCACUUCACUACCCUCCUCUUGGGAAGUGAUUCCACAAGUUUAUAUCCAUAAUCCUGAGUAGACUUCAUGAUCAGCUUUCUCUCUGAACAUUGAAAUGUAGAGAAAAUGACAGGGGAAGUUAGAAUAGCAACUCCAUUAGAUCACUGAACAAAGCAUACGAAUGUUACUCUUCUCACAUUAGCAUUUCCAUUUAUGUUAACUUGUACAUCUACCCAUAAAGCUGCCCUUUUUAUUACAAAUAAAUAUGUCAAGUUAAAAUAAA